AUGGCAGUUAUUCAAAAAUAUGGCAAGAACUAUAGUCCAGAUUUGGUCUGUCACAAGGAAAACAGUCCGCCCGACAAGAGCGGAGUCCCCGGGGGUCACAAGAAGUGGCCUGAACACAACACCAACUGGCCGAGGCCGGUGGCGAGGGUAUGGACAGUGGUGCUGCUGCUCGGGACGUGCCUCCUCUACUGCGCCCGCGUGGCGAUGCCCAUCUGUUCCGUCAGCAUGGCGGAACAGUUCCACUGGACUAAGAGGGAGUCCGGUAUGGUGCUGGGCAGCUUCUUCUGGGGCUACUGCUUUACCCAAGUGCUCGGAGGCUACGUCAGUGACAGAGUGGGAGGUGAGAAGGUCCUCCUGCUGUCUGCAGCAGCCUGGGGGUCGAUGACAGCCUUCACACCCAUCCUGGCUCAGUUCUGCUCCCAGCCGAUCUUCUCCAUGACACUGGCUCGCUUUCUCAUGGGCCUGUUGCAAGGAGUUCAUUACCCAUCCCUUGCGAGUCUGUGCUCUCAGAAGGUGGUGGAAAGUGAAAGAGGCUUCCUCAUGAGCACCGUGGGUAGUGGCUCAUAUCUGGGCACCCUCGUGAUCGGAGGGGCCGGCUCCCUCAUGUUGGACCUGUACGGCUGGGAGAGUGUUUUCUAUGUGUCUGGCCUCCUCUCAGUGCUGUGGGCCUACUUCAUGUGGAAAUAUCUACUCAAAGGAGAAGGACCUAUCAUCACCCUCGAAUCCCUGGGAAGUGGUGGGCACCAGGCCAAACUGACAAAGAGACACUGGUUGCGGCUCCUCAAACAACCUGCAGUCUGUGCUGUGAUCGUUACACACCUUUGCACCGCCAGCACCUUCUUCACUCUUUUGUCGUGGCUGCCAACUUUCUUCAGAGACACUUUCCCAGAAGCCAAGGGUUGGGUGUUCAAUGUCAUUCCCUGGUUAGUGGCCAUCCCCUCAUCCCUCCUGAGUGGCUGCCUGUCCGACCACCUCAUCAGUCAAGGCUUCGAUACGGCCUCAGUGAGGAAGCUGAUGCAGUUUUUCUCCAUGGGUGUGUCCAGUGUGUUUACCCUCCUUCUAUGUGGCAACACCACCUUCCCUUGGGCUGUAGCAUUUGUGUCUGCCAUGAUGGGCCUCACCACCUUCAGUCACAGUGGGGUUUCUGUAAAUGUUCAAGAUCUUGCUCCAUCUUGUGCUGGAGCAUUAUUUGGUGUUAUGAAUACAUGCGGUGCUUUCUCAGGAGUCCUACUGGUGUAUUUCUCGGGGUAUCUCAUCGAGGCCUCAGGCUCGUGGGCAUCUGUAUUUGCCCUCAUCACUACAGUCAACGUGCUGGGCCUCUGCACCUUCCUGGCUUUUGCCGAGGCCCGCCGGGUGGACAUUGACUGUACUAAGGUGCGCCACCACAACAUCCACAUCUAGAUCGUUAGUCAUCAGAGCGUCCGGAGUGCUAUUCCUCAAGGGAGAGUGUGACCUUGGGCGACCAGCAGCUAGGACACGAUUCACAUUGGAGAACUAGCCAAUGGAUGGCAAGUGGCGCAUGGAGAGAGCCUGCAUACUACACCUGGAAAACUGAUAGUUUGGUUAAAGGAGCACUGCAACAGUUACUGAAAAGCACACAGCAGAGCCUGCACAAUGAAAAAUCACAUGGAGCAAAGAGUAAGACGCAGCAGUGUUAGUAGCUGCUCUGACAGUUCAGGGAUGAUGUGGAGAGGGGGUGAAAAAAGUCGACGCUACCUCCAUCCCGCCUUGUGUGGGGGAGGGUAGUUACACGGUUGCUAGCCUACUGUUUCCACCUGUUCCAGAAUGUGUGACUUGAGACUGUUGUUGGAAAGCAGCAGCUCAGUCUUCUGUGUGGGAGGAGCCUUUCGACUGAUGGAUGUGUGAGACAGCUGUGACGGACCAAGGUGGUGUGUUCUUGCCCUGCAGGGAGAGGCUGUGCUAGACGCAGGGCGAGCCCAGCCUCCCGUAUCUGAAGUCUUUUAUUAGUCGAUCCCCACUCAACCCAUCUCCACGAGAACUGUCUGAGUGACACCUCAUUACCCAGCCACUAAUUACGCUGCAGGCACUCUAAUGUCCUGUACCAUUUGUCUACCGCAUCUCCAUGGUUGCAGGCUCAUCUUUAUCAUUACGGCGCAGAGGGGGUCACGGAAAGCUUUGUGGCAACAAGACCAAAGGUUAACUAUUAUUUUUAUUUUCUUUCUAUGUGGAUGCAUGGAAUAGAAAUACCUCACUUAAUUAUUUCGUGUACUUAAUUUAUAUGGCUUUACAACUGUUUUUGUUGAUUUAAUUUUUUGGAAAAAAAUAUAUAUUCAGAUAGAAAAGAGAAAAAAAAAUAUUUUAGGGAACAUGAUGGAAAAAAGUAAGUUAUAAGUCUGAUGGCAUCUGGAAAACUCAAUAGAUAUUUUUAGUAUCUUCACUUUUUCUGACCUGCACUUUCCCAUCUAAGGAGACAGCAUUGAUGGAAAUAAACCUGUCUAUAGAAUCAUAUCAAGAUUUUUUGCGUUAAAUAAAAUUGACGGAAAAGUUAUUAUCGCACUUUACAUCAUUGUAACUCUAGACAGGAAGUGAUGUCAGUACUUGGGAGAGGAGGGAUCUCAUCCACUCGUUAUUGCGUUUUAGACAAAUCAAAGUUUUCACACUCUAUCUCCUUAUGCCAGUUUUAAAUACUAUUGUCUCCAUGGUUACACACCGAUAUGAUGAAUAUCGCAGGGGAAAGCACCAACGAUGACUGUUGGUUAUCAUGUCGUUACUGCAAAGUAUGUAGCAGUUCAAAACUAGAAAUGAUUGUUCAUUCAGCCUUUACGACACAGUUUUGCAAUUUGUGGUUUACACUUAGCAGAUUUCACAUCCAGUUUAGAUGCUUACUUGACGUGUGUAUCUUUUUAAAUCUAUGCAUUUUGUAUUGUUUGUUUAAGCAAUGAGAGAACUGUGGUCACACAGUGUCAGUGAUCAUUGCAUGUUGCUAUUUUUUUCACAGGAGUUGUGUAGCUUAUGUGUCGCUUGUCAUUGUUAUUUACAUACACAGGCACAUUGUGUUUCCUUGGAUAUUUUCUACACACACUAAGUGUAUCUUGUGGUUGAACAUGUUGUCUUUACAAUUCUAAUUUCGGAAAUGCCCAUUAUGCUCAGUGGUUACACAAAUAUGUGAAUAAGAAAUCAACUAUCGAGCAUAGUUGAUAACUAAUCUGGAAUUUCAUGUUGAUGUCAUUUUGAAUCUGUGCACACACCAUGUUUUAACGUGAAAGAAUGCCUUGACCUUUCAGUUACACAAUUAAGUAUAUUAAUAUAAAACUGCUGCACAAAUGAAUGAGCCUUGAACAUAUUAUAUCAGCCUUUUUUUAAUGCUGCACAUUCAUGAAAAGUUAAGCAGAUGUGCAUUACUUUCCAGCUGCCUUCACAGCUUGGCUUCUUUUUUCCUGUUACUGUGUUGAUGUUGUUCUGCAGAACGUAAAGAUUUACAUGACAAAUAGCUGAAGUUCUGUUCACCAACAUAUCUCACUGUAGGUUCCUGAAAGCCUUUCUGACAAAAGAUUUUUAAUAAUGUCUAAUAUAUAUAUGAUAAAAAGUCAUGAAUACACAGUAUUCCAAUGCUUUUAAGAAAUGUUGUAUUUAAAAGCAUAU